ACUGCACGAUCACACUAUUCUUCUAUCACCGCUUUUCUUUCUUUCUUUCUCCAUCACCCACCCUUUUUUUUUUUCCUUUUUUUUCAUUUCUUGUCAUAAUAGUCUGGAGUUCUUCUGCAGAAAAAAAAACUACUCAUGUCAGGUAAUCAAAGGCCUAAAGAUUCUGCUGAGGGCUCUUCGCGAUCUGGAAGUGACCACUACCAGCCUCAACCGGCUCCUUUGAGCAGGUAUGAGUCGCAGAAACGGCGAGACUGGAACACUUUUGGGCAGUACUUGAAGAAUCAGAGACCCCCAGUUUCACUGUCUCAGAGUAAUUGCAACCACGUGCUUGAUUUCCUUCGGUAUCUCGAUCAGUUUGGCAAGACUAAGGUUCACCUACAUGGCUGUGUCUUUUUUGGACAACCUAAUCCUCCUGCUCCUUGUACCUGCCCUCUAAGGCAAGCUUGGGGAAGCCUUGAUGCCCUAAUCGGACGGCUUCGUGCAGCUUAUGAGGAGCAUGGAGGAUCUGCAGAGACCAACCCUUUUGGAAAUGGAGCUAUUCGGGUUUAUUUGCGUGAAGUGAAAGAGUGUCAAGCUAAGGCAAGGGGGAUUCCAUACAAGAAGAAAACGAAGAAGAAGACUCAAAUAAGGGCAAGAAAUGAAGCGAAUCCUCCUAUGCAGUCAGCUUAAGUCCUUUGGCUUCUCCAGAUAAAUGGUAAUUUCGCUCUUGAUCAUAACAUUUAAAUACAUAGUAAUUAAUGUGUGCUGUUUCGGAAAUCU